GCGUGCGCACACGACGGCCAGGCGCAGGGGAGGGGAGGCCUGGACGCUUUAACCCCGGAGCGCCGCCGGUGGGAGGCGCGGGCGGGCGCCGGUGAGCGCGUAGAGCCCUACCUGCCCAGCAGCCUCCACCUGCCCAGUGACCAUGAUAGUGUUUGUCAGGUUCAACUCCAGCCAUGGCUUCCCAGUGGAGGUCGAUUCUGACACCAGCAUCUUCCAGCUCAAGGAGGCAGUUGCUAAGCGACAGGGGGUUCCAGCUGACCAGUUGCGUGUGAUUUUCGCUGGGAAGGAGCUGAGGAACGACCUGACAGUGCAGAACUGUGACCUGAGUCAGCAGAGCAUUGUCCAUGUUGUGCAGAGACCAUGGAGAAAGGGUCAAGAAAUGCACCCACCUGGAGAGCACAACCACAAGAGUGCCACUGGAGUCUCUAUGAGGGAGCCUCAGAGCUUAACUCGUGUGGACCUCAGCAGCUCCAUCCUCCCUGCAGACUCCGUGGGGCUGGCUGUUAUUCUGGACACUGGCAGCAGGAAGGAUUCCCCACCAGCUGGAGAUCCAGCAGGUAGACCAACCUACAAUAGCUUCUAUGUUUAUUGCAAAGGUCCCUGUCAAAGAGUGCAGCCAGGAAAACUCCGGGUCCAGUGCAGCACCUGCAGACAAGCUACACUCACCCUGGCUCAGGGUCCAUCUUGCUGGGAUGAUGUCUUAAUUCCAAAUCGAAUGAGUGGGGAAUGCCAGUCUCCAAACUGCCCUGGGACUAUAGCAGAAUUUUUCUUUAAAUGUGGAGCACACCCAACCUCUGACAAGGAAACCUCAGUAGCUUUGAACCUCAUCACAACAAAUAAUCGAGACAUCGCCUGCAUAACGUGCACAGACAUCAGAAGUCCUGUCCUGGUAUUCCAGUGCAACCACCGCCACGUCAUUUGCUUGGACUGUUUCCACUUGUACUGUGUGACCAGACUCAACGACCGGCAGUUUGUUCAUGACCCUGAGCUUGGCUACUCCCUGCCCUGUGUGGCUGGCUGUCCCAACUCCUUGAUUAAAGAGCUCCAUCACUUCAGGAUUCUUGGGGAAGAGCAGUACGGCCGGUACCAGCAGUAUGGUGCUGAGGAGUGCGUGCUGCAGAUGGGGGGCGUGCUGUGCCCCAGCCCGGGCUGCGGGGCGGGGCUGCUUCCUGAGCCAGGCCUGAGGAAGGUCACCUGCGAGGCGGGCAGUGGCCUGGGCUGCGGGUUUGUCUUUUGCCGGGACUGUAAGGAAGAGUACCAUGAAGGCGAGUGCAGCACGCUGUGUGAAGCCUCAGGAACAGUUACUCAGGCCUUCAGAGUGGACAGAAGGGCUGCGGAGCGAGCGUGCUGGGAAGAGGCGUCCAGGGAGACCAUCAAGAAGACCACCAAGCCUUGUCCCCGCUGCCAUGUGCCUGUUGAAAAGAAUGGAGGAUGCAUGCACAUGAAGUGUCCCCAGGCCCAGUGCCAGCUCGAGUGGUGCUGGAACUGCGGCUGUGAGUGGAACCGCGUCUGCAUGGGGGACCACUGGUUCGACGUGUAGCUGCCAUCCCCGGCCACGCCACCCUGGCUGGAAUCACGCAAGGGUCCCCCUUUCAUUUGCUACUUUUCUUUUCCCAAACAUGUGUGAGCACGCACAUGCACACACACACAUUAAGUUCUCUCCAAAAAUCCCCAAAGUAAAAUUGCGGAAGUUCCGAAUUUCUUUCACUAUGUCCGUGAAAAGCACAGUUGUGACACCAACAAAAGGUAAUUUCAGAAUCACAAAUGCCGGAGCCCAGAAGACAGUGCAGCCUGUGGAUUCGGUGUGGAUGGUCACAUUGAUGAGUUCAGGUCAGGCUGGAUCAGGACUUAGAGCGAGAUUCCUUGGGUUCAUGACCUGAACUUUACCUUCAGUAAAUACACGAACAAGCCACUGACAAGGUGGGAGAUCACUUUUCGGGACUGCUGUCACGGCUUCCCUGGAAGACGGACUGCAGUGAAUCAUCAAAACUAUUAGGUCGUCCGAAAAGUCAUGACAAAUUUUGCGUACAAAAACAUAAAAAAUGUGUCAUGACUUUUCUGACGGCAUAAUAUACUGAUGGCGUUAAGAACAGUAUUUUCUUUAAAUUUUUAGGGAGUGUAAAUUCCCAAAGAACCACAGGCAAUAGGUAAAACCAUCGUUAAUCUGCAGGAAUUCUAUGUCAAUUGCAUUGACGAAAUACCAGCUAUGCCUAAGUCAGCUUGUCAACUCAGUGAGAAAUUAUGAAUGUUAAUUUGAAUGUCGACUGUUUCCAUCCAAAUGUAAUGUAUUUUCGUUCCAUUUAAUUAUUUGAACCUUUAGAAAGAAAUUGUUUUUCUGAAAAUAUUACCACUGUCACUUGAUUUCAAGUACUCAUUUUGCAGCUUGGAAAUGUAGCUGAUACAUUUGGCUUCUCUGUAAAUUGAAUGGAUAAAGCGCCUACGAAGGAGACAGUUUCAGGAACGAUUUCAUAACAAUAUUUGGUGGUAACAAAAGUGGAGGUUAUUGAAUCCCAGUCUGUACAGAACCAGCACUUCUCAGACUAUCAGAACAAAACAGGGCCGACUCCCCUCUGUCUGCACACCCAGCUUGUCCCGUCUGCAGGUCCCGCGGAGUGGCACAAGCCCAGUGGGUUUCUUCAUGGUGAGUUCUUCCCUUAGAACAGCAAAUAUUCCUCGUGUUAACUGGAACGAACUUGAUUGUUGAUCAAGUUUACAGCUUUUAUUAGUAGUAUUAUUAUUGAGGUAUUUGUAGCACAUCAAACAGAUUUACAUGAGACACAGAAAACUGCUCUUCUCACAGCUCAGUCUGCAAAUAUGGACAUAAAACCACUGUCUGGUCUAAUUUAACUUUUGGCUUCUCAGGAAGAUCGUGAACAAUACUGAGGACGUGGAUUUAGGGACUCUGGGGAUUAAGAUAUAGGUAACAGGGCUUCUCUUUUUAAAUGUAGCACCAGAGGCCCUUCUGGCAAGAGGGAGGCAGUGACCUCAUGAAUUUAGGUCACACCUGAGGACCUCUGUCCCUCUUUCUCUAACUGCCUCAGAUAAUCCAUGUGUCCUGCCCACUCAGGGACGGUCCUUCCUGCCCCAGGGUUAGUGAGACCCUGCCACCCCAUCAGGUUGCACCCUCAGGUCAUCCCACCACUCCAACAUGGCCCCAGGGCUGUCAGACCUGUGUC